AUGGCACGGCAUGGGGAAAUGCCGCCUGGCUCCGGCCCUGCGAUCGCUCCGGCGUACGGAUCUGACAUGCUUCCAGACGAGACGUCUUCUGAACGGAUUCUGAAAGCCUGCUGCGAAGGAUCUGAACCCCUGGAUGUCGCGCUGCACGAGUGUCUCCAACAACUCCAACAGGAGCAAGCAGACUCCUCCAACGGUGGGUUGCGCUGGUGUCAGCAGCUAUGGAUGGUCUACAACAGCUUGGAACUUGCAGCAAAUCUUCCCUUUACCAUGCUGUCUCAGCACUUGUGGCAGGCAGUGUCUGCAUAUCUUCGUCAUGCAGAGAUGGGGCACUCGGAUGCCGAGUGUUUGGAAUAUGUCUUGGCUGCUGCUGGGACGGUGCAUGGAAUUUGGGCCAAAGCGUUGAUGGAUGAGGGACGCCACGCCAUGCAGGAAGCGAUGCACAAGACGCUUGAGGAGUGGCAGUUGUUGGCGCAGCAGGCCACGGAUGUGGACUUUCUAAGCUCCUGGGAGUCUGAGCGAUUGCGCCGGGAAGCAGGCGUCAUUGGCAAAGAAGCUUCCGAGACCCGCUCCAAGCUCGUUCACAGUGACGACGUGGCCGACACGGAGGGACUGGACCCGGACUGCUUCCGCUUGGAAGCAUGCGGCUGUCCAGCGGAUGCAUCUGCAACGCUCCAUCCGCCCAUCCCCGCUCGCAACAGUCGUGCGGGGCGCCAGUUUGGGUCUGAUCGCUUCUUGAUGGUGCGAAUGAAGAGGUUGCGGCCACCCGGGCAGUUUGACUUCCUUCGGCGGAGGUGGCGUCUGCUUUACUGGAAGGUGCCAGAUCAAGUCACCUACUUCGCAGAGAAGGGCCCCGGCUUGGAGGAGCAGAGCGUGGAGACCGUGUGGAACGAGCUUGUGCCCAUGGCGGUCAAUCAGGACAUGACGCUGUGCAAGUUCAACCAACGCUUGCAGCUGUCCUUCUCUGAGACGCGAGCGGACACCUGCUUGUCCGUGCGCCUGGAAGAGGACUUGUGGGAUUCGGAGCGAGCCGAGGAGUCUCUGCAUGAGGUCACACUGGUUGCACAUCUGUUUCUGUAUCGCACUUUCCCGGAUGUGCACCAGGACUCUGGUCGGUUUUGCCUUUCCGAUGGCUGCGGCUGUAUCUCCCAGGGAGCCGCGGAAGCCGUGGCAGCAAAACUGGGCUUCGACGAGGUCCCCAGCGCCUUCCAGGCGCGCUGCGGCCCCUGGAAGGGCCUCUGGGUGUUGGACCCGCAGCUGGGGUCAGGUAUGGACCUGGUCGUCCGGCCAUCGCAGAAGAAAUACCGUCCCCUGGCAGAAGUCGGUUUCAGUUGCGAGACAGAAGAGGAUCUUGAUCUCUCCUUCGAAGUGAUCAACACAUCUUCCAGACACUGGCAUUGCUGCCUGACUGCCAACUCGAUCCAGGCUCUGGAGAGCCUCGGAGUCUCCGCAGAGACUUUCGUGAAGCUCCAGCAGGAGGUGCUCGAUGCCAUUGCACCUCUCCUGAAGGGGGACGAGGCUUCUGGCCAUGCUGCGCUUGAGCGACUGCUGAACGCCCAGAUCAUCAAGGCAGGCCUCCAGAAACCCUUGCACGCGUUCAUGGACCUCCAGGUCCCGUGGCAGGAGCCCAACUUCGUCGACCUCCGCUUCCGGGUUUGUACCGACCUCCGGCGUCGUGCCGGGGAGGACCUGCCUGCCCCCUGCCCCUGCCGUUUCAUCGUGUCCGCAAGACUCGCAGUAGGGUGGAGACCUGGUUUCAACGUAGCAGGAGAAGGAGUAGGAGUAGUUGUCGCCGUAUUAGGUGGUGUUGUUGUGGCAGUAGAACCAGAAGUUAACGGCAGAAGAACAGCUCCCGGAAGAGUAGCGGAUAUGGGUGAGAUAGUGGUGACAGCAGCUUCAGUGGUACUUGUAGGGCUGGUCAUCAUGGCGAUCUAA